CCAAGGCAGUCACACUUUCAAAGACUGCUUUAAAAAAUAGCGGCUAUUUGUCGUAAAAUAUUUUUUUGUUUAAUCAAAAAGUUGUUUAUUUCCAUUUAAAUUAUCAUGUCCACGGCCCAGGCAACCAAGAAUUGCAUCACCCUUAAAGGUUCCGCUCAGAUUAUUGCGGAAUAUCUGAAAUAUGGGAUCAAUUCAAUUUUGUUCCAAAGAGGAAUUUACCCAGCGGAGGACUUUGACAGCACCCAGCAAUAUGGACUGACGAUCUUGAUGUCCAAGGAUCCCAAGAUCCAGACGUUUUUGCAGAAUGUGCUUAGCCAAACUGAAGAAUGGCUCUCCAAGAAUAUGAUCAACAAGAUCUCCAUGGUUAUCACAAACGUUCACUCCAAGGAAGUGCUCGAGUGCUGGGACUUCAAGAUGCAGGCCGAGUUGGGCGACGGCGAUAAUAGUGAUCCCACCAAGCUAACGACCACCAAGGAGUUGAGUCGCAUUCAGAACGAGAUCCGCGAUGUGAUGCGCCAGAUAUCGGCCACCGUGAGCUACCUUCCGCUGCUCGACUGCAUCUGCACCUUUGACGUGAUGAUCCACACCCUUCAAAACACUGAAAUUCCGGCCAAAUGGGACGAAACGGGUGCCGUUGUCAUCCAGAAUCCGCAGUCCGUUCAGCUGCGCUCCUUCUCCACGGGACUGCACAAGGUGGACACCGUGGUCAACUACAAGAUGAGCUCCUAGCUUCCAGCUAUCGUUCUCCAAUCGUUUUAAAUAUUUAUUCCAGUUUCUAUAUAUACAAUAGUGCGUAACGAACAUAACGUAUUUGAGAGUUGCAUUAAAAGCCAGUUGUGAAAAGCUAA